AUGAAAUCUUUUCGUUCACUUCUCGCCGUGCUCCUACUUGCCUCGCAGGUGAUCGCUGCCCCCGCUGGCACGGCUACUUCCUCAGCUGCUGAGAGUACGCCGACAGUUCCCUACGCCAGUGAUGACCCAAACGGCAUUCUGUGGUCUAACUCGGAUGAUGUUGUCACUACGCUUGAGACCCUGGAAGGAAGUACCAAGCCCGAACCUAUGCGUGGCUCCCUUGGUUCCACCGUCAUCGGGCCCCAGAACGUUGCUCUCGACCUGAUGAACCCCGACGCGCUUGCCCCGCCCACUACAGAUGAAGGAGCCGUUCCGGCGUUCAAGUGGCCUUUUUCUCUCAGUCACAAUCGUCUACAGACUGGCGGUUGGGCCCGGCAGCAGAACCUAAAUCAGAUGCCCAUAGCUACUGCCAUCGCUGGCGUCGACAUGCGCCUAGAACCAGGCGCCAUCCGUGAGAUGCAUUGGCACGUGGACGCCGAAUGGGCCUACGUCUUGAAGGGGAAUCUUCGCGUUGGUACUAUCGACCCAGAAGGAAGGUCUUAUAUUGGUGAUGUGGGACCGGGUGACCUGUGGUACUUCCCUGCAGGCUUCCCUCAUAGCAUCCAAGCCUUGAAUGGUACCGAUGGCGCAGAGUUCCUCUUGAUCUUCGACAGCGGCUCCUUCAGCGAAGACUCUACAUUCUUGCUCACCGACUGGCUCGCCCAUGUCCCCAAGGAAGUCAUCGCAAAGAAUUUCCAGGUAGACAUCUCCGCUUUCGACCACAUCCCCGCCGAAGAGCUGUACAUUUUCCCUUCCGCCCCUCCUCCAGAAAACCUCGAGAGCGACUUGGUGGUACCUAACGACACACCUAUUCCUUACACGUUUGCCUUGUCAAAGGUUAACUCAACCAAGGCUUCCGGCGGCUCCUUCAAGGUUGUGGACUCCACCACAUUCAACGCAUCCACUACCAUCGCUGCCGCCGAAGUCGAAGUCGAGGUAGGUGGCAUGCGAGAGCUCCAUUGGCAUCCGACCGAACCCGAAUGGACCUACUUCAUCGAAGGCCAAGCUCGGAUCACUGUUUAUGCUUCCUCGUCUACGGCGAACACCAUGGAUUUCAACCCCAGUGAUAUCGCUUACAUCCCUCCCUCGUAUGGGCACUACAUUGAGAACACCGGCAACACUACACUCAAGUUUUUGGAAAUCUUCAAGAGCGAUCGUUUCCAGGACGUGUCCUUGAACCAGUGGCUGGCACUUACCCCUCCCGAGCUUGUCAAAGCCCAUCUUGGCCUCGACGAUGAAACCAUCUCACGCCUGUCGAAAGUCAAGCAAGAAGUGGUCGGUCCAUCUAACUAA